AUGGCUUGGGUAUCAUCAAGCCCGUCUUUCCAUAUUCCGCUUCCUAAAGAUUAUGUUGAUCUCGUGCCAAUUCCUCAACUUCCACUCCUUGCUGUAACCACUAAAACUGCCGUCCUCAUAUACCAUGCCCAAUCCUUAACUCCAAUCGCUGUGCAUGAUAGAAAUCCCGAGUGCAUUGAAAGCCAUGGUAACGCGGUGCAAUUGGAGGUCAGACAAGUCUCUGUGGAUACUUCUCGUCUUGAUCAGCUUCAUACAGCCAAUUUGUUCGUUCGAACAGAGUCCAACUUUGUCUUGGUGUACCACAUUUUGGCCAACUACUCGAGAUCUUUGUACGAGGUACACGAUAAAAAGGAAGACGAUAGGCUUCUACAGAAUUCCUUACCGCUUGCUCUGCUGUCUAAGUUUUCAUUGACUGCAUUGUUCAAGUCUGCUACUAGAUCCAUCCUUCAAGGAGGACUGAAUAUCGUGAACCUAGAGAACGUCGAACACCAUAGUAAUGCCGCCAAUGAUGAUGAACAGCGUAACGAUUCUAUACCCGUGGUAAAAAUAACACUUGUCAAAAUACUAAGAAUGAAUGCUGCCAUUCACCACUUCUGGUGCAAGCUGAACUCCCAGACGUUGAUUUUCUACAACGACCACAGCGAGAUCCAAGUUCUCAACAUGAAGACCUUCAAAUCUGAGGUUCUAGCUUUAACUGAUGAACCGUGGUUUGAUUCAGGUACAUUGGUGCUGUACAAUCUUACGACAAACCGGUUUGUCUUCAUCGAUUCUGCCAGGAAGGUACUGCUCGUUGAAUUCGUACUUGAUGACGACGAUAGGCUUCAUCUUGAGCAGCAUGAACUUUUAAAACUUGAAUCGCCUGUCCAAGAGAUCCUCUUCAAUCCACAGUUUGACUUACUACUUCUCAAAACUGAGUCAUCCUAUGAUUUGUAUAAAUUGGCCUUCCUUGGAAAAAAGCACUCGAUGGCUUUCAUCAAGUCUGUCUACAGAACAGAACUUCAAACAAGCUGCCAUUGGUCACCUUGUGGAACCUUCUUCGUUAUAAUCGAGAGCGCAACAGGUUUCUGGAAACUUGUAUCGCGGUUUGGCUCUGUGCUUUUCAGUUCAAAAUCCAUAAAAUCUGAAGUUGCCACAACAAAACCAGACAGUCCUGGAAUCACGCGAGCUUUAGACUUCUGUAAUGUUUCCGAAGUUAUCAUCUCGCCUAAUGCCCUAGCAUUGUAUGUGAUUGACAAGUCUGUCAAGGAUGUAUACGUGCUUCCACUCACUUCUCAACAGGACUGCUUUGGUCAGCCGAUACUUUAUGAUCAAAACUUCAUCAAGGUUCUUCGAGAUGAUCACACUUUUCUCAGGGUACCUAUGAUUCCACAUUACCAAAAAGCAAUCACGAGAUUGCAUCACAUUAAUGGAACAUCAAAAAGACUCUCGUUCAGAAAGCCAACAGGACAAAUAUCCAUUCGAAAAAACAAUUACAACCAGAUCUCGAUCUCUUAUGGAGACCGCAUAUCGAUCAGCACUCCAAUUGAACAUGGGCUGGAAACUUACCAUGCUCUCUGGUUUAACUUCGUCAACCACUACAUGGAAUCAAUGAAUAUCGUCAGCCAUUACUGGGCUGACGAAUAUUUGAUAUUGAUUAACCGUUUUGUUAGGGAUGACAUAGACGAUCAUGGUCACAUUGACCUCAUGGCUGAUGAAGUAGUGAUCUUGAAUACCAAGGGUUCUACUGCUGGAGCUGGGGGUGUUCACUUCAAGUUUGACACAGAUCUUGUUGUCUGGCGACACCAUUUUAAGACGAGAAUCCUUAACGUCGAGAUACAGAAUGAGGAAAAUGAAGCUACCAAAUUGUUAGUAUUGGUCACCGGGGAUCUGAAAAUCGUGUUCAUGGAGCUCAAAAAAUUCGAACACGAUGAGGAGAACAGGCCAGGUAUCGGGAUUCGCAGGUCGAUCCAUUUGUCUAGCAUCCAACAUAAGCUCGCAAUUCCAUUGAUUACCAAGAUGGCCAUGAUUCAUCAGAGGCACUUUUUCUUUUUGCUUACGACAGGUGAUCUCUUUUUAUUAAAGAAUCAAUAUCCUGCGGGCAAUGAAUCUUCGAAUGGUGGCUCAGUACAAACGACGAACAUGUAUGAGUUAGUGAAGAUACGUGAAGCAGUCGAGACGAUGCACAUGAGCCAUAUCAAUUUCGGUGGGUCCAAAAGUACCCCACAUCUUACGGUCGUUACCAGUGAAGAAGUCAUUGUUUACAAAGCUGAAGAAUUAGUGGAACGCGUGUAUCACUUCGAGAAUGUGGCAUCACAUCCUGGUGUUGAUGUCGAGCGACCACUCAAGCCUAUCAAAGUGAGGCUUUCUUCAAUGCAACCUUUGACUACUCAGGAGAUAACAGGAGCUGUUGAAGUCACCGGCUUCGAAUACCAGACCAUCUUGAAAAACGAACAUGUACUUGUUAAACACAGACCCAGCAGGCAGUUGAUUCUGAACCGUUUCAUUCAACACGAUCUAUUUGAAAGCAACAUAGAUGUUGAAUCGAUUGUGCAACGGUACCAAAAUAUUCCUAACCUUGACUAUUGCUUGGAGUUGCUCCUCUUUGAUUUCAUCGAUGACGAAACCAAUGAUCUUGAAAAAGUCGUGAAACUUGUGAGAAGUACUUCAAGAGCUGAUAGCAUUUUUGUGAAUCUUUUGAGAAAAAUAGAGGUACGCUAUUGGCACAAAUUUUUCCAGCUCUUGGAUGAGACACCGCUCAAUUUCAUGAAUAGGUUGAUGAAAUCUCAAGACGUUGAGCUCUGCUAUAACUACCUUAUUGUCUACUUAAACUUUAAGAAGGAGUAUGACGCGGGAGACAUACCCGAAGAUGAGCAGGCAAUCCUCGAUGCAAAAGACAGAGAAAUUAUUUUACGAAUCAUCAGUCUUCUAGGGGAGUCAAAUAGCUGGGAUCAUUGUUUUGAGCUUUGCAGAUUUGUUAAACUUUUGGAGCCCUCCGGAGAGCUCCUCGAGAAAAUUCGCGACCAGAUCUCAUGA